CUAAAUUAGAAACUGUAGGACAAUAAUUCAGAGAAAGAGUGCUUAAAUUAAUUACAUAAAUAUAUCUAUUGGUUUUCUUCUUCUUCAACCUCUCAAUCAUACUAGAAUUUAUCUGAGAAAUGAGCUCCUGCAGGGUUCUUCUCUUUUACCUCUUACUUAUACACUUUGCAUACAUUGUUGCAAGUCAACCUUUUGAUUACCCAACUGCAAAGCUCUCAACUUUAUGGACAAACAGCCUAUCUGCCAAUCAUUCUGUAACCUUCACAGAUGGGUCAACGGUGCGGGCCAUUCUUCUCAGAGGAAGCUUUGGACCCAAAUUUGCUUGUGGGUUCUUCUGCAAUGGAGAUUGCGAGACUUACCUCUUCGCCAUCUUCAUUGUUCAAACUAAUAGUGGUUCCGGCAUCGUGCUUCCCAACUUAGGAUUCCCAAGAGUAGUCUGGUCUCCUAACAGAAACAACCCGGUGAGAAUAAACUCAACCUUGGAGCUCACUGGAGAUGGAGACUUGGUUUUGAGAGAUGCUGAUGGAUCCAAAGUAUGGUCCACGGGUACCGCAGGAAAGUCUGUCGGUGGCUUGAACCUCACUGAGAUGGGAAAUCUAGUGCUGUUUGAUGAGAAGAAUGGCACAGUCUGGGACUCCUUUGACCACCCAACUGACGUUUUGGUUCCAGGACAGAUGUUGAUUGAAGGGAAAAACCUAACUGCUAGUGUCUCCUCUACAAAUUGGACUGUAGGAGGUAUAUAUUCACUCUCUGUCACUUGGGAAGGCUUGUUUGCUCUUUUCAUUGAGGCUGAUCCUCCACUAGCUUAUUUUGAGAACAAAGUUAGUGGCAACAAAACGAGUAAGGAACCAAGUUAUGCCAAGUUUCUAAAUGGAAGCUUAGCUUUGUUCAUACUUUCCUCUGAACCAAACGAUUCAGAUGACGCAAUUUCUGUUCCCCCGGCCUCAUCUUUACAGUAUAUGAAGCUAGAAUCUGAUGGCCACUUGAGGGUUUACGAAUGGAUAUCAUCAUCAGGGUGGACCCAAGUUGCAGAUCUCUUGACUGGGUUUCUUGGUGAUUGUAGCUAUCCUUCUGUUUGUGGAAAAUAUGGUUUGUGUACAAAUGGGCAAUGUGGCUGUCCUGCACCCAUCAAUGGAGGAACAACCUAUUUUUCACAAAUAGAUUUCAAGCAGCCUACACUUGGGUGUUCUGAGGUUACUCCAUUAUCUUGUGAAGCUGUGGAAGAUCAAAGUUUUGUUGAGCUGGAGGAUGUGACUUACUUCACUUUUGACUGGAGUAAUAGGCCUGCAAAUCCAGAGAGUUGUAAGCAGGCUUGUCUUCAGAAUUGUUCCUGCAAAGCUGCUUUGUUUAGGUAUGGCUGGAAUUCUUCUGAUGGGUAUUGCUAUUUACCUUCUCAAGUUUUUAAUGCUAAGGUCUCGGAUUUUGGUUUGUCAAAACUCAUUGACCGAGGUCAAAAUGAGAUUGUCACAACCCUUAGAGGAACUCCUGGCUAUUUAGCUCCUGAAUGGUUAAGCUCAUUCAUAACUGAGAAGGUAGAUGUGUAUAGUUUUGGAGUUGUGGUAUUGGAAACACUAUGCGGGAGACGAAAUCUGGAUCGCUUCCAACCUGAAGAAGCAAUGCAUUUGUUGAGUGUUUUUGAGAAGAAAGUGAAAGAGGGGGAAUUGUUGGAUCUUGUUGAUAAAAUGAGUGAAGAUAUGCAGUUCAAUGGAGCACAAGCUGUGGAAAUGAUGAAAGUGGCUGUAUGGUGUUUGCAGAGAGAUUUUGCAAGGAGACCUUCGAUGUCAAUGGUCGUGAAGGUUUUGGAGGGAGUGAUGGAUGUUGAAGGUGAGCUAGAUUAUAACUUGUGCAGUGCAGAGUUACCCAAAGAUAUUAAAGAACUAGCUUACCAACAUGUACAACCAGGUGAUGCUACUCCAUUGUUGCCUUCUGUUCUAUCAGGACCAAGGUGAUAGGCUGAAAAAAACAAUUUGUUGGCAUCUUUGAUUGGAUCUUGUGAUUUUCAUUGUCUGGAAUCCACCGGAGUUUGCUAAAGACUUGCUUCCCAAGUAUUUCAAGCACAACAAUUUUUCGAGCUUUGUAAGGCAGCUUAAUACUUAGCAAGUCCCCCCUUUGUUUCUUUUUCAAAUUUAGCUUUUAUUACUUGUUGGGUAAUACUUGUUUUUCUUCAAUUCAUCAACUAUAUCCAAAGCGAGGAAACGACUUACAAUUAUGUUGAAUAAUCUGGAUAAUCUUGCAAAUACAGAAGCAAGCAUCACUCAAAUGCAGGGAUUUAGGAAGAGUGAUCCAGAUCAAUGGGAGUUUUCCAAAAUCCGAGACUUAGCGUUAAAAGUCUCGUCUAAGAGGAUGUUCCCGGGUUUGAUUAUCUUCUUUCUGCAAUUUUCUUGAAGACAUGCAUGCUAGUCCCUUUGCUAUGUCAAGGAUGAUCUUCUUUCUUUGCUUCCAAUCAAGUAUAAUAAGCUCCUGGGUUUUGUAGAAGAUAUAAUCAUCUAAGGACCCAUUAACCAUGAACUCGUAAACGAGAGCUGCCAAUUGUCUCCACCUCUGCCAAGAAAGAUCUCUUGAUUUUCCCAAAACCUUCUAGCUGCUACUGCAACUUUCGCGCCAUCAGAUAGAGUCCCUUCAAACACUGAAUCAAAUCCUCCCUUACCAAGAACCUUGGUAAAACCUUCAGUAAUAGUUUUCAGAUCCUCACAAGUGAAUCUUGUAGGCAUUCCUGAUAUUUUAUCCGAAAAAUCUUCCUCAAGUUCUUCCCCAAACUUGCUUCUUCCAAAACCAAAACACCCCAACAAACAAAAUCAAAACCAAAGAAAGACCCAAAAACAUAUCUUAAUCUUACUACAAUCCCAUUGUUUGCACCUUGAGGAAUACAUUAGAGUUAUAACAGAUCUCUUCCUUCUCAUUAGCUAUAAGUGUAAGAACUUGAGAAGGUAAAUAGCAAGACCCAUCAGAAGAGUUCCAGCCAUACCUAAACAAAGCAGCUUUUACAGGAACAAUUCUGAAGACAAGCCUGCUUACAACUCUCUGGAUCUGCAGAACACCCAAGAGUAGGCUCUUUGAAAUCUAUCUUUGUAAAAUGGGUUGUUCUUCCAUUGAUGGGUGCUGGACAACCACAUUGCUCAUUUGUACAUAAACCAUAUCUUUUAGUUGAUAUUGAUUUGACAAAAGUCAUAUUUUGUAAUAGAUAAAUUCUUUUAGUUGAAA